GGCCUCACUCCGCGCUCGACUUCGCAGGAGAGAAGGCUGGAGACGCUCCCUUACCGGUGCUUGAGGGAGGGAGGAAGAGGACAGGAUGGGCGGAACCAAAUUCAACAUCGAGGAGUACCUGUUGGAGCUGCAGUUGGUCAAGACACGGAAGAAAGGAUACGCCAAGCCCAGGAUCCCCAAGUCUCGUUUCUGCAGGUAUUCCCAGGACCCCGUGACGGAUGACCUGAUCUGGAGGUCGGUGGUGCAAGGAGAGGCGACUUCGGCAAAACGGAGGCAUGCUGACUACGGCAGUGCACAACGUGUGGUCAAGUAUACUUACGCCCCAUCGACCGCGUCCUCAAGCAGAAGUUCCUCGGCUGGUCCUCGGAGCGGCGAAGGAGCAAGUCAGUCGUCCUCUAACCGGGCGGGACCCCCCUCCCCACCACCUCGGCAGGAGUGAUCGGCUGGAGGUCUUCGCUUCCCGACCUUCAGCUUGAACGAUUUGGAAUCCGCUAAUCAUUUUAUAGCGAGGCCCUUCUAGUUUUCUAAUUAUAGGGUACAUGGAAACUGUCGAUGUCUAUUAAUUAUUUAUAUAUUAAUUAUUCAAGAGCGAAAUAGAUAACUUAAUUUGGAUAAAUUCACUCAGAGCCUAUAUCUAAAGUCGUUGGAUUUUAUAUUAAGCGUAUAUUAAACUGACUUCGAGUUUCUAAAGAGAUCACUCAAGGAAUCUGAGACAAUAUCUCAUUUAUUGUUUAUCUCAGCGUUUUAUUGUUCCAAGCUAAUUCUCUCUGUCUCUCUCUCUCUGUCGCCCUUUCUCUCUCUCUCACUUUCGCCCUUUCUCUCUCUCUCUCUCUCUCUCUCUCUCUCUCUCUCUCU